UUUCGCUGGUAUCGGGUGGCAACGUCUUUGGUUUAUCGCAACCUCAGAGGUCUUCGGCUCGGUUUUAGUUUGUACUGCAUUGCACAAAGUGCAAAUCUCAGCCGAAAAAGGUAUCAUCAAUAUGACGUUGUUGAGCCACGUACUGGAUGCCCUGUUGGCACUGGUCCACAUCCUCAGCGAUCGCUUCCUGGAGUUCGUUUUGGGAUGGUAUCUGGGAGAUCGAAAACGGGUUCCGGGUCCACCGAGUUUGGAACAACAGUCGCUGCUCAGCAAAAGCGCCGUGGAGUUGGCUCAACAGAUACGGGAGCGCAAGAUCCGGAGUUACGACAUCGUCAAGGCCUAUUGCGAGCGGAUCGAGAGUGUUAACCGCGAUCUAAACGCCGUUGUGGAUGGUCCCUUUCCAGAGGCCUUGGAUCAGGCGCGUGAAAUCGACCGGAGACUGUCCAAAAAGGAGUACAGCGAUGAGGACUUCCGGCGGCAGCCUUUCCUGGGCGUUCCCUUCUCUACCAAGGACAGUACGGCAGUGGCCGGAAAGCUGCAUACUCUGGGUCUGCUGUCCCGGAAAUCGGAACGUUCGCCCACGGACGCCGAGUGCGUUCGCCUGAUGAAGGAAAGUGGCGCCAUCAUCAUCGCCACCAGUAAUGUUCCCGAGGUCAACAAGUGGAUUGAGUCGAGAAACAUGCUUAUUGGUGGCACCAAUAAUCCCUACGAUCUGCGACGUUCCGUGGGCGGUUCAUCGGGCGGAGAAGCCGCCCUGAUCGCCGCCUGUUGCACGGGCUUUGGUCUAGGAACUGAUAUUGGCGGGUCCAUUCGAAUACCGGCAUUCAACUGCGGAGUCUUUGGGCACAAACCCACUUCCGGAGCCGUAAAUAUGGCAGGAUGCACUUUUAGAACCGGCAAGGAGAAGGAAACAAUGGUUUGUGCCGGUCCGAUGAGUCGAUCAGCCAAGGAUUUAUUGCCCAUGAUGCAGGUCCUCGUAGAACCUUCGCUUAAGAGCAAGCUAAAGCUGGAUGAGCAGGUGGAUCUGAAGCGGCUGCGUUAUUUCUACGUGGCAUCCAACGGCAUGGCUCAGUGCAAUCCCAUAAACCAGGAAACCGAAAGGGUUAUGUACAAGAUCCGAAAACAUUUCGAGCGGCUGAGUGGCAAUGAUGUGCGACACGCCAACAUUCCCAACACAAACUUGACCGGCAAGAUGUGGCGCUACUGGAUGACGCAAGAACCAGCCAACUUUAAUCUGUUACUGGGAAACGGUGCCGAAGUCAAUCCGUUUGUGGAGCUCUUCAAGAAGAUCCUGGGACAAAGUGACUUCAGUAUGGCUGCCAUUUAUAGCCUGAUCGAUGGUGUUUUGCCCAAGGAAAAGGAGAAACUGAUGAGGGAUGCCACGGCAAAGUGCAAGAAGGCAGUUCAGGAAUUGCUCGGCGACGAUGGAGUCCUGUUUUUCCAUAGUUCUCCAAGGACGGCGCCGUUCCAUUUCUAUCCGCUGAUCAAGUUCAAUGACUUCGCCUACUUCAGUCUCUUCAAUGUUCUUCAUUUGCCGGCCACACAGGUUCCCAUGGGUCUGGAUUCGAAGGGCAUGCCCUUGGGCAUCCAGGUGGUUGCGAAUCCCAACAACGAUCGUCUUUGUCUGGCGGUUGCGGAAGAGCUGGAACGGACUUUCGGCGGCUGGGUGCCUCCAUUCCCCUUGAAGCAGUAGAUGUCUUGUAUCGUCGACUAUCCAUGUAGUUUUAAGACUAAUUUAGGUGUUGGUAACGCUGGAGACUGUCGCUUGUGGCCUUUGUUACAGGAAUUUAAAUAAAUUGGACUCUCUUUGUAAA